AUGAUUGAUCGAACAUCUCGAAUUAAAAAUAAUUUAUCAGAACAAUUGAAAAUAUUUUAUGAUUAUACUAAAGAUGUUCAAACAAAGGUGAUUAAACCGAAUCCUUUACCUACACCAAUAUUUCGUGUAAAUACUGAUAUUAUUCCUGUUCGAAAAUCAUUACCAGUGAAAAUAUUCGAUCUUCCACGUUUAUCUCCAUCAAAAAGUCAAUCAGAAUUAUUAACAAGUGUUUUAAAUGUUAAGACGCUUGAUUCAUCUUCACGAAAUUUAGCUGUUGAAACACCUAGUCGAGAUUUAUCGAAAUUAUCAUUAAGUCUAAACAAUUUCAAUGAAACAACACCAAAAAGUGAACCAACAUCAGUUAUUAAAAAAUCUCAAACAUCCAUCUCAUCUUUUAUUAAUAAAUAUGAAUCAAAUACAACAUUUUCUUCUAUCAAUAAGACACAAUCAUUUAAUAAACCACAAUUAAUAAAAACAUCACCAUCUGCUUCAAAAAUAUCUGAACCAUCAUCUUCAUUAACAUGCCCAUUAUGUACACAAUCGUAUGAUUUAAUAUCUCAUCGACCAAUUAGUGAAAAUUCUUGUGGUCAUACAAUGUGUUUACAAUGUUUUAUAUAUAAAAAUAAUCAAAACGGUUGUAUUCAAUGUGAAAAAAUAAAAAAAGAAGAUUCUUUAUCAAUAAAAAAAUCUACAAAUGAUGAUUUUGAUGAUUUCGAUCAAAAUCAAUUAUUUGAUGAAUGGAAUGAACAAGAAUCUACAAUACAAAAUGAUAGUAAGCAAUUGGAUUUAGAUUUUAUGAAUUCAAUUUAUGAUGAUGAUACUGACGAUGGUGAUAGUGAAGAUGAAAAUCAAAUUGAUAAUAAACAACAUGUAUAUAAAGUUCAAUGGUUAUCUGAUAUAAAAGAUGAUGCUGCUGAAUUUUCAAGUGAUCACACAUAUCCACAUACAGCAUCAAUGUUAAAAAUAUUCGACAGUACAUUUGGUUUAAAACAAUUUCGUCCGAAUCAAUUAGAAGCAGUCAAUGCUGCAUUAUUAAAUUAUGAUUGUUUUGUACUCAUGCCAACUGGUGGAGGAAAAUCAUUAUGUUAUCAAUUACCGGCUGUAAUAGAUAAAGGUGUAACAUUUGUUAUAUCACCAUUACGUUCACUUAUAUUUGAUCAAAAACAAAAAUUAACAUCAUUAGGCAUACUUUGUGGAGCAUUAACAGGUGAUGUAUCACAACGAGAAGGAGAUGAAGUUUAUCGAGAACUUUAUAAACAUACACCUGGAUUAAAAAUUGUUUAUAUAACACCAGAAAAAAUUGCUAAAAGUGAUCAAUUAACUCAAUUAUUGAGAAAUUUAUAUGAACGAAAACUUUUAUCUAGAUUUGUUAUUGAUGAAUGUCACUGUGUGUCCGAAUGGGGUCAUGACUUUCGUCCAGAUUAUGCAACUCUUGGUCAAUUACGUAUUAAUUAUCCAGGUAUAAAAGUAAUUUUAUUAACAGCUACAGCUACACCACGUGUUCAACAAGAUAUUUUACAACAAAUGCAUAUUAAUAUAAAUCAAUGUAAAUUAUUUAUUCAAUCAUUUAAUCGUUCAAAUUUAAUCUAUGAAUGUACAUUAAAAGGAACAACAGAUACAGCAUUAAAAAAGGUAGCUAAUUUAAUAAUUAGUCAUUAUUCUGAAAAAUGUGGAAUUGUUUAUUGUUUUUCACGUGCUGAAUGUGAUAAAACAGCAAAAUAUUUAUCAGCAUAUAAAAUAAAAGCAUUACCUUAUCAUGCUGGAUUAAGUGAUUCAAAACGACAACUUGUACAAAGUCAAUGGGCAAGUGAUGAUUGUCAAGUUAUUUGUGCAACCAUUGCUUUUGGAAUGGGUAUUGAUAAACCAAAUGUUCGUUUUGUUAUUCAUCUUUCCAUGCCAAAAUCUAUUGAAGGAUAUUAUCAAGAAUCAGGUCGAGCUGGACGUGAUGGUGAUGUAUCUUAUUGCUAUUUAUUUUUUUGUUAUCAAGAUUUAGUUAAAAUGAAACGACUUAUUCUCAAUGAUGAUACACAAACAUCAACAAAAGGAGCAAAAAAAGUUCGUAUUGAUAAUCUUAAUCGUGUUUAUAAUUAUUGUUUAAAUAAUGUUACUUGUCGGCGAACACAAUUACUUGAAUAUUUUGGUGAAUUAUUUCCAUCAAGUGAAUGUAAACAAAUGAAACGAACUGUAUGUGAUAAUUGUCGACAAGUAUUAAAAACAACAAUAGUUGAUUGUACACAAAUGAGUAUUGAUAUAAUUAAAAUGAUAUCAGAAUUUUCACAUAAAAAUGUAACAUUACCAUAUGCUUUGGACAUACUUCGUGGUGCGAAUACAAAAGGUAUUCGUGAUGCUGGACAUAAUAAUUUAGCUGCUUAUAGUUCAUGUAAUCAAUUAAAUAAAACUGAUCUUGAACGUCUAAUGUGUCGUUUAAUAAUUGAUGGAUAUCUUCAACAAGAAAUUGUUACACAUCAACAACAAUCUUUCGAAGCUUCAGUUGCUUAUUUACGUUUAGGUCCUAAAGCACAUAUUGCUUUAUCAAAUCAAUCAAAUAAAUUUAUGAAUCCAAUUGAAUUAACUAUACGUACUGAACAAUCAAAUAUAACAAAUGAUGANUUCUGUGAUGUGGGUGCUUUCGCUAUCACCCAAAAAUAUCGCUCCGCAGCGUUAUGGCCUCUUCUUUUCAGGACUUCUUCUGUGAUAACAAAACUUUGA